CCAGCCGGGGAUGCGGGUGCCGGGCGGUCCCCGGCGCAGCUGAGCCCCCGGCCCGCCAUGCUGCCCUGCGGGGCCGUGCUGUGGCGGCGGCUGCUCAGGAAGCGCUGGGUCCUCGGCCUCGUGUUCGGGCUCUCGCUCGUUUACUUCAUCACCAGCACCUUCAAGCAGGAAGAGAGGAUGGUGAGAGAUCGGAAUCUCCUCCAAGUGCAGGAGCACGAGCAGCCCAUCCUGUGGAAGGUGAAGUUCAGCCCGGGCAACGGCAGCCAGCUGAGUAACCAGUGCAGGAAUUCUGUGCAGGGGAAGCUCCUCAUUACAGAUGAACUGGGGUACAUCUGUGAGAGGAAGGACCUGCUGGUGAAUGGCUGCUGUGAUGUGCACGUGCCCAGCACGAAGCUGUUCAGCUGUGAGAGCUGCCUGCCCAACGGCUGCUGCAGCGUCUACGAGUACUGCGUGUCCUGCUGCCUCCAGCCCAGCAAGCAACACCUCCUGGAGCGUUUCCUGAACCGGGCAGCCAUUGCUUUCCAAAACCUCUUCAUGGCAGUGGAGGAUCACUUUGAGCUGUGCCUGGCCAAAUGUAGGACUUCAUCACAGAGUGUGCAGCAUGAGAACACCUACAGAGACCCGAUUGCCAAAUACUGCUAUGGUGAAUAUCCCCCCGAGCUCCUGCCUGUUUGACAGCUGGGUGAUCUGAGCACCAGAGGGAAGGAACUGGACACUGGAAGCCAAAGGAACAAGAGCCCAGCUGUUGCUUUACGAGAGCCUCAGUGCAGAUGGCUUGUGUUGCAUGUGGGGGCAAAGCCAGAGGGCUCAGAGUGAGCAAGGAACUCCAGUUCCCUGGGACUGAAUCUUGCUUUCUUCACUUUGUGAUGCACCUGUGCUAGUACUGGCCUACAGUACCAGGGCAUUCUCAGAGCAUUCCCUCUGUAUUUUGGCAUCUAGGCUGUAAAACACCAUGGGAAGAAUAUCUAAUGUGGCUUUGCAGCUGUAAACGGAGGUUCAGUUGUGUCUCUGCAGUCCAGAGACUUUCCAGAGAGACAGUAAUAAUUGAAGGAUUUCUGCUUUUAGAGAGCAAAGCACGCUUUGCUUCUCUCUCUGGAACCCCUCUUGACAUGCAUGGUGUACACUACAUGUGUAAUUAUGAAUUAUUUAUUCAUUUUAUAUGGAUUACUAGCUGAAAGUAUCGAUGCUUUGCAUAGCUAGUUGUUGAUGCCUUUUAGUCCCUGUUUUGCUAUGUCAGCUAGAAAGGAUGUUUUAGAUCCUGACAAAAGUUGGUUGGUUUUUCUUCCUCCUUAGUCUAAAGGAACUGUACUGGGAUUUGUCACUGUAGUGCUUAUGUUCCUCUUAGUGUGUUUAAAGCAUUCAGAACUCCAAUGGAGUUGUUAUUCUGUCAAAGUCCUGUAGCACCAGAGAAGAGCAGGGAUCUGCCUAGGAUGGGAUGUUUGUUAGUUGUAAAUACUUCCCUUGUUACUCUGCAGCAGUUUCCUCAAAGAGGAGUCUUAGUGUUGUGACCAGCUCUCUGCUGGUCCCCUUGCUGACAGGGGACACUGCAGAGUCGUUUGCUCGAACUUGGUAAUUCAAACGUUCUUCACUCCUGGUUGUGCAGGAGGCAGGAGGGUGGAGCUGUUCUGGGACUUCAGUUUCAUGAUGUCCUGGUGCAGGAAGUAAUCAGAACGUCAGAACGUGCCCUCUGAGGACAACUGUGUUGCAUGAGCUCAGCUGAACAGUCAGAAUGUUUUUAAUUUGCUGUUUGACACACUUGCUGCUCUGGAGUUUUGGUCUGAUCAGAAUGGCACUAGCCCAGGGUUGGUUCUCCCACAAUUUCUCCUGGCUCCCUAAAGUUUAAAUUGUCUCCCUCUAAAGGCCAAACAACACAGAACAGAUGGGUAGAGAACCAGGAAAAUGCUGAGUAAAUUUGUGCUCCCCCUGCAAGUGACGGGGCAAAGUCCAAGCACUACACUGAACUGGCUUGUUCUUUUCUAUAAAGAGACUAAUUUCUCUUAUUUUUACCCCAUCCUCAUGAUUUUGACUUUGUGUAUUCUUGCUUGAACUGCACUAAAUAAAUAAAUAAAUAAAAAUGUAGAUGGGAAUCUAGAGAGGCUUUAAAGAAAGAAAAAACAAACUCAAAACCCAAGCACGGUGGUGGAAUAUCCUGGUGCAAAAGAUCUGUAGAACGCUAUGCAAUUACACAUGACAUAAACAAGCAGUACCACCAUCACAUCCAUUUGCGUUGUUUUCACUGUUCUUCCCCACAAGUCAUCACGUGAAAUAAGAGUCCCAUCAGCAGUUUCUCGUGGCAGUCUCGUUUUCCCCCAAGCUCAGGAGCUGUGGCAUCAGCCGUUUGUGCAGUUUAUCCCUUUGCUGCCAUCCUGUGGCACGCAGGCAGCGCGCGGUGCGAGGCUGCAGUGUGGGAUCCUGCCUUCAGAGGGUGGCAGAGGUCGCUUCUCCUCUCGGUGUUAGGCACGUUCUUCACCCCUUCCCGGCAUUCCAUAACCGUUUUCCUCAGGGAAGGCCGUGGGGUCGGUCUGUCAGACCGUUCCUGCUGAGAUGCAUUCCAGCACUUCGUGUGAUUGCACCACGACUGACGAGGCCGAGAUACCGACGGCCUGCUCUUGCUUGCUUUUCCAACUUGAUAUUCGUUCCUUAGCAGGUGAUACCACUGCUUGAAGCAGUAAUUGUAAGAAAUCGUCAGGACCAGCCUAAUUUGGACGAUGUUUGUGAGAAUUCCUAGCCCUUUUCUCGCCUAGAAAAACAGGAUGAGAUCAGAAGUGCAUUGUGACCACUGUCAAUGGCACAGAAACUGCAUCCUCCCUCCCUAGUUGUUGAGCUGUUCAACUAGUACCUGUAGUAGAUGUUAAAUCAUUAAAAUGUUCCCAAAUACU